CCAGCGCUUGAUCCCAAAACAACACAUCUCGGAAGCCACUUCGUUCUCCAGCGGGCACGGUGGUGUAGACUGACUGAUCUCAGCUCAUUAUAACCCACAAAUAGAGAGAAGAAAGCGCUGGAGCCGGGACGAGAGGCGUGCCGGCGCCUGCAGACGGGACUUAUUUAUUGAUGUCUGUAGUCUUCACUGAGACCUGGACGACGGAGCGCCGGGGCUGGUGAGAUAGAUGAUCACUAAUUCACUAAUUCUCCCCUCGAUUUUAACACAAUGCAACACAGUAUGAAGGUGAAAAAGCCGAGGCUACCCUGUCAGACAAACGUGCAGCCACUGUUUUCUUGCAUGUGUCCGUGAACGCAGCGGAAAUCAUCAUUUAUUUCUCACUUCAUGUUCAUUUUAUUUUCACUUCAUGUUUUUAUCGCUUCAGUGCAUUUGACACGUUGUCUUUUUUCUGUUGCUGUCCUGUGUUCAUCACUGAUACUGAGGGAGGAGUAGCCCACACUGGCACAUAAUAGACUGAAUUGUUGAAUGCAUAUUUUUAAAAAAAAAAAUGAGAUGCAGUCAGAAUGUCUGCUGAAUGCUUAAUGCUACGAGCCAGCAUCGAAAUGUUUGUUGGAUUCUUUUAACAAAUUGGAUAAUAAACUACAAGUCGACUGUUAGUGGAGUUUUAAAGGCGGAUAUAAUAUCGAUUAUUUCGGACAGGAAAAAGCCGAUAGUCGAUUAAUCGGUCAUAUAACGGCCGUCGGGAGUGAACUAGCCUAUCUUUGUUAGACACUGGAUAGCUGUUGAGCUGAUCAUAUAAGUCAAAGUGAUAAAACUUAAAGAAAUAUAGAAAUAAAUCGACACCACUAAACAUCAAUCUUAAAAUUAUCAAUAAAUAAACCCGGAGCUGAACAUAAUGAAACUAGAACAUAAAAUAUCUCAGUGUCCCCUCAAUUUUUUCCACCUUAUAAUGCAGGAAACAGAGCUUUCUUGCAGUAUUGAGCUUUACAGUAGGAAUAAUUUGUCUAUAUUGUUUUGUACUUUUCAUUUCUGAAAAGUCCAAAGAUUGUUUUAUUUCUGUGUUCAACACCUAAACAAUUAUUUUAUUCAUAUAUUUAUAUAUUUAUUCAUACAUUUCAGCUAUGUAUCCAUGUCCCCUUUGCCUGAGGACAAAGUAAUUUUUGUGUAGGAUUAUUAUUAGUAAUUUUAAGUCCCACCUGUCAGUCAUCGAUCACUACUGGAGUCAAGUUCUGCUGAGUUUUGUAAAACCUCCACUGUGUUGCCUGCACUAGCUGUUCCAAUAAGUUUUGUUUCCUCAGGUAUGUCACUGCGUGUCACCAGGGGCAUUAACGGUCGUGGCUGACUCGACAUCUUCCAGGUAACAUCACCACCUCGGGCAGGCAGUACUUGGCCUCGUCACGGUCAGGUAACACUACACCUGCAGAUUCUGGUGUCACAAGGCGAGAUGAGGAAGUGCAGCCUGUGGACUUUCCUGCCCCCCAUGUUCUCCAUCUUCACUACUACUGGACUGUGGGUUGUAUACUUUAUAGCUGUUGAAGACGGGAAGAUAACACCCCUGAGUUCAGAGUACAGUAGAAAAAAUGGAUCCAAACCCCCUCCCCCUCCAUACAUUAGUAUUGCAGGCAAUGCUCCACCAGCCAGCUGCAUCUUCAGCCAGGUCACGAACCUGGCAGCCUUUGUGGGGUUUAUUAUUGGUGUCCUCCGAUAUCUUCAGCUGAAAAACCGUGUGCAGAAACCCUGGCUCAACAUCAGCAGCCUGGUGGCUUUGUCUCUCGCCUGCUUUGGACUGACACUAGUGGGAAACUUCCAGUUAGCCAAUGAUGAAAAGCUUCACAACAUCGGCACCUCCAUGACAUUUGGCUUGGGAACACUGUUCUGCUGGGUGCAAUCUGUCAUCACCCUCAAAGUCAACCUGAGGAACGAGGGAAGGAAGGCCAGCAUCCCUCGCUUCCUGCUGUCUGCGUCCAUCACGCUCUGCAUGCUGCUCCACUUCUCUUUAAUGACCCAGCGCCUCCACAUGCACGCAGCCCGCAGCCAGUGGGCUCUGGUCAUGUUCUUCCUCAGCUUCUUCGGCACGUUCGCUGUGGAGUUUCGUCACUUCCACUUUGAGAUAGUCUGCACGGACAACCGCGAGCCUCCACUCAGCCUGUCAGAAACCUUCUCUGAAGUCUCCGAGUACCAAUCUGACCAGCUAUAGAAAGGCUGGCACAACUUCAAAAGAUCUUCAGAGACCGUCCUCACGGCUGUAAGUCAGUUCAGCUGACAGACAGAGGAGGCGCAUGUAUCGGCAACAAGAAUGACUGAUGCAUUUGUUUCACUUGAGCACAGCUGUCGUUUGUUUAUACGCUUCUGAAAGUUGCACCAGUGUUAACACUCUAGAUAUAGAUGAUCACCACUGCAUGUUUCCUGGUUGAGUCUUACCUGAAUGAAUGUUUUUCUACAGUCAGUAUCUUCAGAUCACACACAAAGAAAACAAAUCAGCUGUUAGGCUCUUUGGACUACAACAGUCUUACUUUGUGAAGUGUUACCAUGAUGUAAUGUUUGUUUUUUUCUUUUUUAAAAUCAGAAAUGUACCAUCCAAUUUUGUAACAAUUUUCAACUUUCAAGUGUUGGGGAUUAUAAGAAUGUAUUAUUAUUAGCUGCCUUCUUCCUAUUCUAGUAAAAAUGAAUUAAAUACAUUGUUUUGUCUUUCCAAACUGCCUCCCUAUGAUAAUUGGAAUCAAGAUCCUUAAUAUGCAAAAACUAAAAUAACCCAAGAUGCCAUAAGUGAUUGGCGUGC